AUAUAUGAAAAGAAAAAGUCGAAGUGUGCGCGUGUGUCCAGUGUAAACAAGAUAAAGCAGCAGUGCAACACCCACAACAUCAACAGUGGCAACAGCAACUUGCAACAAUAAUCACAACAACAGAAAAAAAGCAAGCAAAGAAAUGGCUUAAAAGCGCGGCUCGUGGCCUCAACAAAUCCAGUCAGAAUUUGACUUGGCAUUAACUUUUGCAUAAACACACACACACACACAACAAAUGGCAACAGUUUACAAAGCCGUCGCAAUUGUUGCAGCCAAAACAACAACAACAACUACGACAACAAACAUAAUCAAAAUGUGUGCGUGUUUGUGUGUGUAAUAUAUCAGUUAAAUACAAUAAAUAUCAAUAACAACAACAACAACAACAACGAUAACGAUAACAACAAAUUGGCCAAAACAAAAUAAAAUCAAAAGAAAAUUUGAUGAAUUUUUUUGAGCACGUAAAAAAGCAUCUAAGCAAAACAAGAAGCAGCAUUGCAACAAAACAACAACAAUAACAACAAGAGAGUGUUUGCAUUGUGUAUCCGUGUGUUUAACUGUGUAUGUGUGUGUGUGUCUCUCCAGCCCGCUCGCUUAUUAACUAAAACUAACAAAAAAAAAAACAAAAAGUUAAUUUUACUAACAAAAAAAUAAAAAACAAUUUUUUUGUUUGUUGUUGCGAGGCUGUUCUCAAUGCCUCAACAAAUGCCGCAGCAAACGGCGCAGCAGCAGCAGCAACAGCAGCAGCGAUAACAACAACAACAACAACAAACGACAGCAACAAAAGAAAAAGAAACAAACAACUCAAGAGAAUUGCACAAAUCCAAAGACAGCCCACGAAUGCAGCCAACAUUGCCACAAGCCGCUGGGACAGCCGAUAUGGAUCUGACGGCUGUUCAAUCAAUCAACGAUUGGUUUUUCAAAAAGGAGCAAAUUUAUUUAUUGGCACAAUUUUGGCAACAGCGCGCUACACUAGCCGAGAAGGAAGUGAACACCCUCAAGGAGCAACUUUCGACUGGCACGCCCGGCAGCAACAGCGACAGCAACAGCGACAACAACACAGCAGAAUCAGCAGCAGUAGCAGCAGCAGCGGCAGCAGCAGCAGCAGCAUCAUCAUUGGCCAGCGGCGAGGAGGAAGCCACUGGCAACAGCGAAAGCGACAGCGACAAGCUGCUGAAUAGCUCGAUUGUUGCAGCGGCCAUAACGCUGCAACAGAACGGCGGCAAUCUGUUGGCCAACACAAAUACACCGUCACCAUCGCCGCCGUUGCUGAGCGCUGAGCAGCAGCAACAGUUGCAGAGCAGCCUGCAGAACGGCGUCGGCGGUGCCUGCUUAAAUCCCAAGCUCUUCUUCAAUCACGCAAAGCAAAUGAUGAUGGAAGCGGCAGCAGCUGCUGCAGCGGCGGCAGCGGCAGCCCAACAGCAACAGCAGCAACAAUCGCCCAUGCACUCGCCCAUUGCUGUAGCCAACAACACAAUUGCAGCAACUGCAACAACCACAACAACAGCCGCAGCAGCAGCAGCAGCAGUAGCAGCAACACAACAUCAAUCAGCACGAGAUGUUGCCGAGGCAACAGCCAGCAGCAACUGUAUCGAUGAUGACGAGGACGACGACGAGGAGGAUGCAUCCAUGCAAUCGAAUGUCGCGCAUGCCGAUGGUGAUCUAGAUGACGAUGAUAUGGAGCUGGAGCCGGAGCAUGUGGCUGAUAUGGGCAGUGUUGCUGCCGCUGAGCCAUUGGCAAGAACUGAUAAUAUUGGCGAUGCGAAUGCAACGCAUCUGCAUCAUCCUGAUGGUGAUGAUGAGGAUGUUGCACAUGUAGCUGCCGAUGACCACGAGGAUGCAGUCGAAGCUAGUUUAAAUGUUAGCAAAAAUCACAACAACAACAACAAUGCUGAUAGCAACAAUAGCUGUAGUCGAAAGAAUAAGAACAACAACAACAACAACAGUGAAACGCAACAUGUUGCACUGCGUGAUAAUAAUGUAAAUGAGCAACAUGUGGCACAUAGCGCCGAGGACGACGAUUGCACCAAUAACAAUACUAACACAAACAACAACAACAACAAUGAGAAGCGCAAAAAGCGCAACACCAGCAACAACAAUAACAACAACAACAACAAUCAGCCCGCUGUUCUAUUAGCUGCCAAAGACAAAGAGAUUAAAGCACUUUUGGAUGAGUUGCAACGCCUGCGCGCUCUGGAACAAACUCACCUGAUACAAAUCCAGAGGCUCGAAGAGCAUUUGGAAGUGAAGCGACAGCAUAUUAUGCGUUUGGAAGCGCGCUUGGAUAAGCAACAGAUAAAUGAGGCACUCGCCGAGGCUACUGCAUUGGCGGCCGUUGUUAAUGCAGCCGCAACAAAUAAUAACAACAAUAGCAACAGCAACAACAAUAACAACAGCAACAAUAACAACAAUCACAGUAGCCAGAGCAGCGACAAUAACAACGUAUUCAAAACAGAUCUAACAUCGACCCAUCAGCACAACGACGAUGAUGACGAUGACGAUGACAAUGAUCAUGAUAAUGAGCUGCGCGAUGCUGACGAUGAUGAGGAUAUUGACAAUAGCGAGCAGCAACAUGCCGCUAUGGUAAACAAUCGGCUCGACGAUGCAACCGAUAAGGAUGAUUCCGAGGAGCAGGAUGCCGAAAUGUCCAAUGCCACAGCCACAGCGGACAGCAAUGAGCUGAAAAUCAAAAAAGAGCAGCACAGUCCACUGGACCUGAAUGUGCUCAGUCCACAGUCGGCCAUUGCCACAGCCGCGGCGGCCGCAGCAGCCGCUGCCUGCGCCAACGAUCCCAACAAAUUCCAAGCUCUGCUCCUGGAACGCACCAAAGCACUGGCCGCCGAGGCGCUCAAGAAUGGCACCAGCGAUCCAGCCAGCGAUGAAAUGCCGCAACAACAACAAGCCGUAGACGCAGCAACAGCUGAUCAUGCGGCAGUAGAAGAAGCAGCAGCAGCAACAGCAGCAGCAGCAGCAGCAGCUACAGGAACAGCAGCUACAGCUACUGCCAAGCCAGAAACAAUGAAAAACAUUAUGGAAACGCCUGAGCAUGAAACAUUGGCCGAGUCCAAUUUGCAGCCCAAAAUCGAAAUCUUAGACGCAGAUGAGGAAGCCACUGAGACAGCAGCUGGCCAAACGCUGGAAGAGCAGCUGGUCAAUAGCUAUUGGAGGCGUGGCUUUGAAACGAGCACAGCAACAGCAGCAGCUGCAACAGGGAGCAAAACGCCAACAAUUUAUCAAAAUGCCAAUGCGGUGCAGCAGCAACUGUUGCCACCGCCGCCGCCGCCUCCGCCGCCACAGCAGCAACAACAACAACAGCAACAACAACACUAUCAACAGCAACAACAUGGACCCUCGUCCACUGUGCUACUCAGUCAAUUGGUUAACUCAACUUUCUCACAUGCCAAUCACUCCUCUUGUUCCAAUUCCAAAUCCGCACGCCUAGAUGCCGCAACACAGCACCAGCUCCAGCAGCAGCAGCAGCAACAACAGCCACAACUGCAUCAACAGCAACAUCUCCACAACAGCAGCAAUAGCAGCAACAGCAGCGCAGCCGGCAGCGAUCCACUGAAUCAUCAUCAUCAUGGCCACCACCAUGGCCAUUCGCAUGGACAGCUUUUGCAUGCGGGACACCAUCUGCAUCAUGGCGCCGACUCGAAUUCAUCCAGCGCCAACAGCACGCCAAAUAGCACCGCCCAACUGGCAGCCAGCAUUGCCAGCACGCUGAACGGUAAUAAGUCGCUGUUGCAGGCAGCGGCUGCUGCCAAUGUGGCCGCCGCUGCCGUUGCCGAGGACAACAACAACAGUCUGACGCCGAACGCGAAUGCGGCAGUUGCCGCCGCGGCGAUGGCUGCACAUGCACAGCAUGCCGCCGCACUGGGUGCACCCAAUUUUCUGCCCAAUCUGCCCAGCCUGCCGGCAUUCCAGUUUGCGGCCGCAGCAGCCGCUGGCCAGGAAGCACGUGCGCAUUUUCGGUUUGCGGAUGCUGAGCUGCAACUGCAGCCGGGCGUCUCGAUGGCCGGCCGAUUGGGUGAAUCGCUGAUACCCAAAGGUGAUCCCAUGGAGGCCAAGCUGCAGGAGAUGCUGCGCUACAACAUGGACAAAUAUGCAAACCAGGCGCUCGAUACGCUACACAUCUCGCGGCGCGUACGCGAGCUGCUCUCCGUGCACAACAUCGGGCAGCGUCUGUUUGCCAAAUACAUAUUGGGCCUGUCCCAGGGCACCGUCUCCGAGCUGCUGAGCAAGCCAAAGCCCUGGGAUAAGCUGACCGAGAAGGGUCGUGACAGCUACCGCAAGAUGCAUGCCUGGGCCUGUGAUGAUAAUGCCGUCAUGCUGCUCAAAUCCCUCAUACCCAAGAAAGAUUCCGGACUGCCACAGUAUGCUGGUCGCGGCGCUGGCGGCGAUGAUUCCAUGUCCGAGGAUCGCCUCGCACACAUACUCAGCGAGGCCUCGUCCCUGAUGAAGAGCAACGUGGUUGCCGCCCAGCAGCAGCAGGAGCAUCAGCGUCGCCAUGUCGGCGACGAUACGCACAGCAACGAGGACAGCAAAUCGCCGCCACAGAGCUGCAGCUCCCCCUUCUUUAAGGUGGAGCAUCAGAUCAAACAGCAGCAGCAGCAGCUGCAUGUCUCCGAGCAUGCGCAGCGUGAGCAGCGCGAAGCGGCCGCUGCCGCCGCCGCCGUUGCCGUCCACCAGCAGCAGCAGCAACGCGAGCAGCGCGAACAGCGUGAAGCCGCGCAACGUGAGCAGCAGCAGCGUUUGCGUCACGAGGAUAUGGCACAGGACAAAAUGGCGCGUCUCUAUCAGGAGCUAAUGGCGCGUACUCCGCGCGAGGCAGCCUUCCCCAGCUUUUUGUUGUCGCCGUUCUUUGGUGGAGCCGCGGCCAUGCCUGGAGCAGCCGGCAAUCCAUUUCCCGCGGCAAUGGCCGCCGAUGAGAAUAUGCGUCAUGCAUUCGAGCGUGAGAUUGUUAAGCUGCAGCAGCAGCAGCAGCAACAGCAGGCGCAGGCCGCCAGUUUUCCCAACUUUUCCAGUUUGAUGGCCCUGCAGCAGCAGGUGCUGAACGGUGCGCAGGAUUUGUCGCUGGCCGGCAAGGAUAUUAAAUUGAACGGACAGCGCUCGUCCCUGGAGCAGCACAGCGGCAGCAGCAGCUCUAAGGAUGGGGAACGCGGCGACGAUGCUGAUCGCAGUUUCCCAGCACUGCCGCAUGUUCGCAAAUCCGAGGGCGGCAACACACCUGCACCGCCAGCAUUACCAGCACCACCCGCGGCAGUCAGCAGCAGCAAUCCGAAUGCCGCGACAGCCGCAGCCGUUGCCAGCGGCCAUGGCAGCAACUCGGCGGCACCCAGUCCAUUGAGCAAUUCGAUACUGCCGCCGGCUCUGAGCAGCCAGGGCGAGGAGUUUGCGGCAACAGCGAGUCCCCUGCAACGGAUGGCAUCCAUAACCAAUUCGCUGAUCACACAGCCGCCGGUUACGCCGCAUCAUUCACAGCCACAGCGGCCCACAAAGGCGGUACUGCCACCCAUUACCCAGCAGCAGUUCGAUAUGUUCAACAAUCUGAACACGGAGGACAUUGUGCGGCGCGUCAAGGAGGCGCUCUCUCAGUACAGCAUCUCGCAGCGGCUAUUCGGCGAAUCCGUGUUGGGUCUGUCGCAGGGUUCCGUGUCCGAUUUGCUGGCCAGGCCCAAGCCCUGGCACAUGCUCACCCAGAAGGGACGCGAGCCGUUCAUACGCAUGAAAAUGUUUCUCGAGGAUGAUAAUGCGGUGCACAAGCUGGUCGCCAGCCAGUACAAGAUAGCGCCCGAGAAGCUGAUGCGCACGGGCAGCUACAGCGGCAGCCCUCAGAUGCCGCAGGGACUGGCCAACAAGAUGCAGGCCACGCUACCCAUGCAGAAGAUGAUGAACGAACUGAAACUACAGGAGCCAGCCCAAGCGCAGCACAUCAUGCAACAGAUGCACGCAGCGGCCGCGAUGUCAGCGGCCAUGCAACAGCAGCAACAGGCAGCGGCCGCCCAAGCCGCCGCCGUGCAGCAGGCCCAGGCCCAAGCCCAGGCACAGCAGAGCCAGCAGCAGCAGCAGGCCCAGCAGCAGGCACAGCAGCAAGCACAGCUACUGCAUCAUCAGAAUAUGCUGUUGACAUCGCCGGGUUUGCCGCCACAGCACGCGAUCAGUCUGCCAGCGGCCAACACGCCCGGUGGCCAGCCCGUUGGUAAUCCAGCUGCAGCCUCCACGCCGGUCAGCGGCGAGAAGAAGCCGAUGAUGAUGCCGGUGCAUGGUGGAGCACAUGCGCCGAAUGCUAUGCGCAGUCUGCAUCAGCAUAUGUCGCCAACCGUAUAUGAGAUGGCCGCAUUGACACAGGAUCUAGACACGCACGAUAUAACCACCAAGAUUAAGGAGGCGCUACUCGCUAACAACAUUGGCCAGAAGAUCUUUGGCGAGGCGGUGUUGGGGCUAUCGCAGGGCUCCGUUUCGGAGCUGCUUAGCAAACCGAAGCCCUGGCACAUGCUCUCCAUCAAGGGUCGCGAGCCGUUCAUCCGCAUGCAGCUUUGGCUGAGCGAUGCCAACAAUGUGGAGCGUCUGCAGCUGCUGAAGAACGAGCGACGGGAGGCGAGCAAGCGCCGACGCAGCACCGGGCCCAAUCAGCAGGACAACAGCAGCGAUACGUCGAGCAAUGAUACAAACGAUUUCUAUACGAGCAGCCCGGGUCCGGGUUCGGUGGGUUCAUCGGUGGGCGGUGCACCGCCCAGCAAGAAGCAGCGUGUGUUGUUCUCCGAGGAGCAAAAGGAGGCGCUGCGCUUGGCCUUUGCCCUCGAUCCGUAUCCAAAUGUGGGCACCAUCGAGUUUCUGGCCAACGAGCUGAGCCUGGCCACGCGCACCAUCACCAACUGGUUCCACAAUCAUCGCAUGCGGCUCAAGCAGCAGGUCCCCCACGGCCAGCCUGGCCAGGACAAUCCCAUACCCAGUCGCGAGAACACCAAUGCCACACCCUUUGAUCCCGUCCAGUUUCGCAUACUGCUGCAGCAGCGUCUCGUCGAGCUACACAAGGAGCGCAUGGGUCUGAGUGGUGCGCCCAUACCAUACCCACCGUACUUUGCCGCCGCUGCGCUGCUUGGACGCAGCCUGGCUGGCAUACCGGGCGCUGCAGCGGCUGCUGGUGCAGCGGCAGCUGCGGCUGCUGCGGUCGGCGCCGCCGGCGGUGAUGAGCUGCAGGCACUGAAUCAGGCCUUCAAGGAGCAGAUGAGCGGACUGGAUUUGUCGAUGCCAACGCUGAAGCGCGAGCGCACCGAUGACUAUCAGGAUGAACUGGAGCUGGAUGCCAGCGCUCACAAUAUGAGCGACAACGAGUCCAUUGAGGGCAGCCACGAGCCGGAGAGUACGCCCAUAUCCGACUAUGAAAAGGCGCUGCAAAAGUCCGCGCUCGCUUCAGCCGCCGCCGCUGCCGCCUACAUGAGCAAUGCGGCGCGCAGUUCGCGUCGCAAGCCGGCGGCACCACAGUGGGUCAAUCCGGCGGGUGCUGGGACGCCAGCAGCAGCUGGCGCAGCUAUCGCCGCUGUUGGCGGCGUCGCUGCCGGCGACAGCAGCAGCAACAGCGAGCGCAUCAUCAACGGCGUCUGCGUCAUGCAGGCCUCCGAUUACGGUCGCGAUGAGAGCGGCAGCGUCAAGGGCGGCGACUCCAAUGCAGAUGCGGAGCACGAGGAUCAUGCGCAGCUGGAGAUUGAUCAGCGCUUCAUGGAGCCCGAGGUGCACAUCAAGCAGGAGGAGAACGACGAUGACGAACAGUCGUCGCUGGCCCAGCUGCAGCAGCCGGACGAGGAUGCCUUGCGCCUCGCCAGCGAUGCGGACAAGCAGCUGAAGGUAAUCAACGAGGAGAAGCUGCGACUGGUGCGCGUGCGUCGGCUGAGCAGCAAUGGUGACGCCGAGGAGCACUGCGCCGCAUCGCAGCAGGCGACAGCAGCAGCAGCAGCAGCGGCGGCGGCGCCGGCAACAGCAGCGUGGAACUACUAAGCCAGCAAACUGGCAGCGGAACCAGCAGCUCCGGAGAGUGCAAUGCAGACGACGUUUACUUGUGAUUAAGUUUGGCAGCGGCCCCACAAAAUGUUUAGCCAUUGGCUAAUUCGAUAUAUAUAUAUACAUGCAUAUUUAUAUAUAUAUAUAUAUAUAUACACACACAUAUAUAUAACGAUAUAUACAUAGCGCAUAGCAUACAUAUAUAUACACAUCAUAUAUAACUAGUUGAUAAAGCUCUAAAUUUUUUUUUUUUUUUAACGUAGUUGUAGCUAAAAGUUUAGAGACGCUAUGCGAAGCGCAAGUGCGAUUGAGAGCAGCGCAAAAGUAUUAAAUUGUUGGCUUUAAACUUGCCCCCCGCCACCCUCCCAACUUUUCCCUUAAGACCCAUACAAAAUAUAAUGCCCCCGACCCCCGCCCCUUUAAACUCCGCCACAACACCUCAACCUAAAAACUCUACCAAAAGCAAAAUCUGUUCAGGCGCAGAUUUUGCAAAAGAUUUUUUUGAUUUCUUUACGACUUGAAGACUGUAAGCAAAUGGCGGUAGAAUUUUAUUAUUAUUAUUAAACUUAUUAUGAUAAUGAAAAUUACUAUUUUUUUCCGCAUUGUUAAGUGUAAAUAUAUAAACAGUAAAUAUACAAUAUAAACCUAGAAACUCGUGGCCGUUCUGUAAAUAGCAAAUUGUAGAUGUUGACGGCAAGACAAAAGUUCUUUCAUUUUCCAAAAAAAAAACAAAAACAAAAACAUAGCAAGAAAACUAUAUUAUUAUUAUAUUACUUUUUUUUUUUUUUUGUUGCACACAAAAGUUUUAACUAUCUUUUGAUCUCAAGCAGCACCAACUCACACAUACACACACACAAUUGUAAAAACAAAAAUACAUAACUUUAAACAAAACACCUGAAAACUGAAAAAACGAACAACAACAAGGCGAACCCAAAGUAAAAGAUAGUUAAAAAAGUAAUCUUUAAAAAACUAAAAGCGAGUUUUUUGCAACAAUUUUGUUUUCUUGUUUUCCUUUUCAUAAGAAACAAGCCACCUUCCCAAAAAAAAAAAAAACAAAAAAAAAACAAA